CAAACCAAUGCAUUUAAUUUCAAAUUACACAAACACAGAUUCUGUCUGAGCAAUUCAAAUGCAGUUUCUGAUGGCACAAGUUUCUUCCCAUACCACACCCCCUAGUGCCUCUUUUGACCUUCCACAAUGGCUCUUAACUUUGGCUCAAAAUAAUAAAGAACUGAUUAAUGUUUUUAAAUAAAGACACAAUAUAAUAACAAAUUAUGGUUUUGUCAGUUUUAAUUUUUUUUCAUAGAAUAAUUGCAUUGAAUUUUCACAGGAGAAUGACACUACAAGUACUGGUAAUAUUUCUUUUUAUCUGUUUUUCUUGUCAUUAGUUUGGAAACUGUGCUUUUGUUUUUUACAUAAUUUCCCACAGUAUUACCCAUAUCACAUAGAAGAAAAUGCAUUCAUUUUUAAAAGUUUUAUGUUCUUUAUUUUAAAACCUAAAAACAGAAAUGUAGUGGUGGCUCUUUAAAAAUUAUAACACAUGGCUGGAGCCUCUUCUGGUUUGAAUUGCUGAAGAGCCCACAGCUGUGGUGAGCCCAAAAAUAUGCACUAGUGAAUAUCACAACCUAAUGUUUUACAAACCAGUCCCUGCAAAGCAAAAUUACAGACGAGGAAAUUUUGAUUGGAGGCUCAAGUUUGGAUGGGAGCCUGUUCCAGAGGAGGAAACGAAGCACAGAAAGGAUGAGACGCUCCCUAUAAGGUAAAUACAAGUUAAUAUAAAUAUAGAAAUGAUUUAUAAAGCUCUGUAGUUCUGGUUUUGUCAGCUUGUUACUUUUUUUAAUAGAAAGACCAAUAAAUGCACAUAACAAUUGAAUACCUGUCAGGACAGCUUUCUCUCUUUUUACGGAAAUUACAACGGAUCAACUGACGUGUCUUUCUUAAUAGAUAAAGGAGUUUAAAAUAUUCCAGAUUUCAUAUCUGUCUUUUAUCUUUGGCUGGAGUGAAAGAGUAAUCUGCUACUAAAAUGUAUUUCCUGAAUAAAUGUUCUAUUUUCUAAGAUCUUAAAUAACUAUAGUGCUGUUGCUGUAAGUAACAUUAUCCAGUCAUAUUUUACAGAACUCCUACCUUUGCUGGUGGCCUGUUCUCUAUUUUGAAAUCCUACUUUGAGCACAUUGGAACUUAUGAUGACCAGAUGGAGUUCUGGGGAGGGGAGAAUCUAGAAAUGUCUUUUAGGGUUUGGCAGUGUGGAGGCCUCUUAGAGAUCCUUCCUUGUUCUGUUGUGGGCCAUAUUUUCCGUAAGAGGAGCCCCCACAGCUUUCCAAAUGGCAGCGUUACCAUCCUCCGCAAUCUGGUGCGCCUGGCUGAGGUCUGGAUGGAUGACUACAGAUGGGUCUUCUAUCGUACAAACAGAAAAGCUGCUUUCAUUUUUCGGACAAAUUCAUAUGGGGAUGUUUCUGAACGCCAUAAACUCAGAGAAAAAUUUAACUGCAAGAGCUUUUCUUGGUACCUAAACAAUAUUUAUCCAGAGGCAUAUGUUCCUGACAUAAGGCCCACAAACUAUGGACAGUUAAACAACACCGGUUGUAACUGCCAACUGGAUGUGGAAAAGACCAAAAAGCGAUGGGAGGCGUGCCAAAUCUUCAAAUGUAACAACCGAGGUGAAGCACAGGCUUUUCUUGAGUGGUGCCAGUCAAAGGGAAAAGCAGCACAAGAGCAACUCUGGAUCUUCACAAAGACAAACCAAAUAAAGAACCCUUUAUCAGGCAAAUGUUUAUCGGUGACCGGUGGCAAUGUGAUUUUGUCCAAGUGCAAAUCCAUGCCAAGGAGGCAGAGCUGAGUCUUCAUCCAAGCGAAGUGAGAGGCUUUGAGCACGUGGCCCGCCUCUGCUACACUCACAUGCUGUUCUGCACAUUAAAAUUACCAAUGUUUCCUGAACAACAUUUAAAGAUGAAUGAAUAUGGAACAUGGUUCAAAUGAAUCCAAUAUGUACUGUGAAAAAUAGCCUUUUGAUGUUGACAGUAUUUUGCACUACAUAAUGUCUGUGCGUUUUGUCUCCAAAAUUUAAAGUUGUUUGGGGAAACUUUUAUGGCCACCGUUAACAAAAUAAAGUCUUAUUGUUAAGUUAUUGGAGUUGCUCAUUGUGUGUAUUAGCAAGAUCCACUAAAACCUUUUUCUAUUGUUGCUCACGUAAUUUGUAAAACAAAAUUUAGAGGAUCACAAGUGGAGGUGGGAGUAGCAUUUGUUUUACUUACUUUUCAUUGUGUUUUGUAUGGGAUUGUCUAUGUGAAGAUAAAACGUAGCACUGAAUAUUUAAAAAAGAACUCAUGGCAAAUGGGUAUGUAAGAAUAUUAUUCAAAGU